UCACUCCCAAAAACCAAGAAUCAAAGUUUCAUAGCAAACACAAGUAGUACUACUCACAACUUACGUGCAAAGCAAUGUCUCUCAUUCCGGGAAGCUUUUUCGGCAACGGUCGACGGAGUAACAUCUUCGACCCGUUCUCGCUGGACAUCUGGGACCCGUUCCAGGACUUCCCCUUGAUCAACUCCCGCUGGGCUCCAAGCUCAGAGACGGCGGCGGUGGCGAACACGCGCAUCGACUGGAAGGAGACGCCGGAGGCGCACGUGUUCAAGGCUGACCUGCCGGGGCUGAAGAAGGAGGAGGUGAAGGUGGAGGUGGAGGAAGGGAGGGUGCUGCAGAUCAGCGGCGAGAGGAAAGUGGAGAAGGAGGACAAGAGCGACAAGUGGCACAGGCUGGAGAGGAGCAGCGGCAAGUUCUUGAGGAGGUUCAGGCUGCCGGAGAAUGCCAAGGUGGAGCAGGUGAAUGCGGCAAUGGAGAAUGGGGUGCUUACUGUCACUGUGCCAAAGGUGGAGGUCAAGAAGCCUGAUGUGAAGGCCAUUCAGAUUUCUGAUUAGACUACUGGCUUUUUCAGAAUGUGGCCGGUAAUGCCCUAAUGGUAAUGGAAUAAAGCUUGAGGUGUGUGUGUGGUGUCUCCAAGAGGUUGUGUAAUGGAGUUUGCUUAUGUAUAAUGUAAUGCUUUGUUGGGUUUGGUAGUUUGGAUUUUUCAAUGUAUAAUGUAUCUUGAUGGUAAUAAUACAAAGAGAAAAUUUCAGCACA